GGAGUAUUUUAAUUUAUUAUUAUGUCUGGAUUAUACCAUUUUUCAAAAGAGACCUUGUAAACGUUGUCGAAGAGAGUAUAAGUCUAGGUAAUGGAAUAAGACUGAAAUGUUUAUGGCAAGGCAAGAAUAUAUCAGAGGAUAAGUAGCCCAAAUAUUUAGGAGGUGUAGAGGAAUAUAACUGCAGUAGCAAUUAAUCACACUGCAAGCAAGAUGUCUGGAUUCUUAAAGACUUGCUCAAUACGACAAGUGAUCCCAGUUUCCUUCCUUAGCUUGCCUCCAAGACAACUGGUUUCUUGCCCUCCUCCAUCUCUUUCAAAACCUCUAUAUAUAUUGCGCAAUGCUUAGCUUAGAACAUACAUCAGCUUGUAGGUGCCAAUCCAUAAGUUUGUUUGCACACCAGAAAGGUCAUUAGUUUCCCCAACAAUUCAGUUGUGCAUCAUGGAUGAUGGCAUCAAACAAUUGAGAGUCCGGUUUUCUGGUGUAGGACAGGAAGAUCAGGGCAGCGGCCAGACUAUAACAAUACCGCCUCACCAAGGCACACUUUUUGGAAGAGGGCAAAUGAGUAACUGUGAAGGUUACGAUCCUGCUUACGCGGCAACAGUGGCAGCUGUCGCCUAUGCUAUUGCUGCAAGAGAGAAGGAUAAGUUAGAAUCUGAAGAGAAACCUAUCCCUGAGAAAUUAGUAUCUCGAAAGAAGCCUAUUGCAAUCCACGAGCCUACAGAUGCCUCAACUUUCAAGAGGGGUGAAAGCUUGAAGAAACCUGCCGAAGGGAGCAAAAUCUCAAGAUGGUUUGGCAGUAAAGAGCCCGCCGAAGAUGGCGAUGAUCAUGAACAAGACAAUGUUUUGGCGAGGAGGCCGCUAAAGCCGGUGCAAAAGAAGCCAGGAGGUCUAGUUCCAGCUGAGAACGUGGUAGAGAAGGUGGUUGACUAUGUUCCAAACAUCAAGAAAGAUCCAAGUUUCACGCGGAAAACACCUGAGAAGAAGGGCAGCAGAAAAUUUGAGCAGGAGCAAGCAAUUCACAGAACAAACCCAGAGGUUAAGCCAACGUCUUCAUUUCCUCGAGAGAAGAAUGAGAGCCGCAAAUUUGAGCAAGACCUGGCGAAUCAGAGCGCUCCGCCAACGGCCAGGCCGUCUGCAACGACAGUUUCUGGCCAGGCAGAAACGAUAGCAGCUGCGUGGGAGAAGGAUAAGCUGGCCAAGAUCAAGAAGCGGUACAAUGAGGCGAUGGAAACAAUAGCUGAAUGGGAAGCUGAAAAGAAGGCCAAGGCCAGGCGCCAAAAGGAGCCCAGAGAGGGGGACUCGGAGAGGAAGCGAGCAAAGGCGCUUGAGGAGUACAACGACGAGAUGAAGAGGAUCAGCAAGGUUGCUGCCGCGUCGCGACUAACGGCUGAGGAGAAGAAAAGGAGCGCCGAGGCAAAUGUCUGGGAGAAGGCGGCCAAGAUCCGGUCGACGGGAAAGCUACCGCAGUCAUGUAGUUGCUUCUGAAACCAUGGACAGAGAGAGAGAGAGAGAGAGAGAAAUAGACGUUAUUUCUUACCGUGUAGCUUGUAUUAACUAGAUGCUUGGGGGCGCGACCUGAUGCGGACAUCGGUUUAAUCAGGGAGGUCAACUGAUUAUAUCAAACUAAGGAAUGAACCGAGUCAACUUCAUCUUUAACACUGGA